ACAAUGUGGUUUGUUCAAUUUAUUGCAAUUUUUGUGUCCAUCGCUAUGACCAAAGGAAUGGAAAAAGUGGCAGAGUGUGAGUUCCAUGGUGGUGUACUGCAAGGAGAAGUAAAACUGCAUUAUACUAAUGAUAAUAAGGAUAUUAUGAUAAUGGGAACUAUAACGAAUCUUACUCAAGGAUAUCACGGAUUUCAUAUUCAUGAGUUUGGAAAGCUGAGUAAUAAAUGUCUGGAUGCUGGACCUCAUUAUAAUCCAACCAAUACAACCCAUGGAAGUUUAACUUCGCCCAACAGGACUGACGAGGUCAAAAAAGACAAACGGAGAAAGAGACAUGCUGGUGACUUGGAGAAUAUUCUGGCUGACGGGGAGAAGGUUGCCAGGGUCAACAUGAUGGUCAUGAACAUGAAGCUGGAGGACGUCAUCGGCAGAUCUAUGGUUGUACAUGAGAUGAUAGAUGAUCUGGGUCUAGGUGGAGCUGAAAACAGUCUGACAACUGGAAACUCUGGGGACAGGUUGGACUGCUGUCUUAUACACUGGGUGGAAAGUUCCAGCACUAAACUAAAUAUUGCAAGUGGAUUACUGUUUGUGCUUGCAAGCCUUCUGGUCAGAUUUCUGUAAACGAAAAUGUGGAAAAAU